AGUUUUAUUUCCUGGAUACUAAGGAGUUUUCCUACACACAAAUUCAGGCAGAUCUCAAACUUUGUGUCAAAGUGCUCAUUAACGCAGUUGGUGUACACAUCCGCCUGUGCGUGACACUGCUAUUCAUUCUGGGAGCACAAAUACAACAAAACUUGUUAUGAAAAUACACAAUGGCAAAUAAACCUGCUUCUCAAUUGGAAAAGGCUGACAAACUCCUCACUUAUUUGGCAAAGAAAAUCGAGGAGAGCAAGCCAGCAAAUACGGUACACUUCAUUGUUGAUGUCCUUUGCACGUACUAUCCGACACAUGUCCCUUAUUUCUCAAAGAUAUGGUUCUAUGAUAAAGAGCUUGAUGCUGAAAAGCAAAAUGUUCGCAACUUCUUUAAGCAUAACAACUCAACCUCUACGAUUGCACAGCAUUUCAUAAAUGCUGGAUUCGACUGUCUGGAGUCACUCACAUAUUUAACAACUGACAUAUUAGAAGAGAUUCAAGCAUACAACAAUGUGCAAUGGCUUCCUGGACAUAAGGUCAGAGUUCACCAAAUCUUCCAAAACAUUACCCAAUUGGUCAAAGACUAUAGCGAUUUCCUAAAGACACAAAAGAGAACAAAGCUCCAGUACAUUACAAGGACAAUUCCAGAGCACGGAAUCACGAGGUGCGAGUAUCCAGUUAGUGUGAAAACAGGUACAUCUCAUAUAGCCGCAAGUUACUAUUAUCAAAAGCCCAUCUUUGAGGAUUUAACCAGUCCAGAUGCCGGUUUUCCUGGACAGCCAAAGCUUCGUGAGGCCUAUAGUCUAGCUCAAAUUGCAAAUUUGUCCGCAGAAGCGGCAACAGAUAAGGCGCUGGAUGCUAUCAACGCAAAAAUACUUGACCAAACAUGCCAUAAGAACCACUUUUCAGUCAAGGAAUCUUGA